CCCCACCUCUCACACAGUCACACACACUCUAGUGUGUGCUACCUCUUCUCGCUCCUCUUUCUUCCUAUAUAUAUACACUUUCAUGGACUAAACUCGCCAGGAGCUUCAGCGCUAGCUCGAUCAGCAGCCACUGGCCGGUAGCUAGCUACCAGAGAGCACCCGAAGCUUAAGCUAGCUAGCAAUGGCUGCGGCGGCGACUCCUCCUGGUGGUCGUCCUAGCAGCAGCAGCAUUUCACGGCGCGCCGCCGCCGUGGUGCCGGCCUUGCUGCUGCUGGCGGCGGCGAUGGCCGCCUCCGCCGCCGACGCGCAGCCUUCCCCGGGGUACUACCCGAGCUCCAGGUUCAGGCCGGUGCCGUUCAACCGCGCCUACAACAACAAGUGGGGCCCGCAGCACCAGACGCUCUCCGGCGACCAUUCCGCCCUCACCAUCUGGCUCGACAGGACCUGCGGUAGUGGUUUCAAGUCGAAGCACGCGUACAGGAACGGCUACUUCUCCACUCGCAUCAAGCUCCCCGCCGGCUACACCGCCGGCACCAACACCGCCUUCUACCUGUCCAACAACGAGGCGCACCCCGGUUUCCACGACGAGAUCGACAUGGAGUUCCUGGGCACGAUCCCAGGCGAGCCCUACACGCUGCAGACGAACGUGUACGUGCGCGGCAGCGGCGACGGCCGCAUCGUGGGUCGCGAGAUGCGGUUCCACCUCUGGUUCGACCCCACCGCGGCCUACCACACGUACGCCAUCCUGUGGAACCCCGACGCCAUCACUUUCUUCGUCGACGACGUCCCCGUCCGCCGCUACGAGCGCCGCACCGAGCUCACCUUCCCGGACAGACCCAUGUGGGUGUACGGCUCCAUCUGGGACGCCUCCGACUGGGCCACCGACGACGGCCGCCACCGCGCCGACUACCGCUACCAGCCCUUCGUCGCGCGCCUCGACCGCUUCGUCGUCGCCGGGUGCUCUGUCUCCGCGCCCCCGGCGUGCAGGCCCGUGCCGGCGUCGCCGGCGGGGGCUGGGCUCACGGCGCAGCAGUACGCGGCGAUGCGGUGGGCGCAGCGGGACCACAUGGUUUACUACUACUGCAACGAUUUCCGCAGGGACCAUUCGCUCACGCCCGAGUGCUAGCCGCCCGGGUUGCUGUUGCUGCGCGGCGUGCCGCCCGCUUGAUUAAUUGGUGCUUUGUGUUUUGUUGUUUAUUUGUUAGUACUACUGCUACAGUGCUAGUACUACUAUUAUGGUGCAGGGGGGUGUGUGUGCAGUGGCUGCCCUACCACCGCCGCGGGGCGCUCUGUUUGUGAUGAGGCGCCGGCGGAGGCCGGUGGUUGUGGCGUGGGUCGUUGGCGUAUCGCCAACAAAGUGGUGUGUCGCCGUGUGCGUCUACGUACGUACGUACUUUUCUUGCCAUUGUUGCUUUGCAUUUGGUCU